GUAAUAUAUAUUCGUGUUAUGUAACAAUAUAAUAUACAUAGAUAGUUAAACGUUCGUACAGAAUCAAUGAUUAUAAAAUUAUGUCUUUUUCACGUUGGCAAAGUCGAACGGUGCAAAACGGAUGGACAGAAAUUUAUUUUGCGUGAACUAGAAACAGUUUUUACUAUCGCACAUGUAAAUGAAAUAUAAUUUUCAUAUACACGCGAUGAAGUGGUCUCGCAAUCCGUCCGUCACGACCACCCUAUGUAGCGGAGCUCGAACACAAAUCGGCCGACGAGAGAGCGAUCAAUAAGUGGAGGCGGACUGUUUUGUCGGCCACCUCAACGCAACGCAAAACGCGUCUCCGUGGCAGAGCCGUGUUCCGCGAAACGCGCGUGAAUCAUGUUUCGAUAAAACUGUCUCCGAGUGCCCGGAGGUUCGCCUUCAUCCACCGAGAAAUAAACGACAAUGGCAUCGUUGGAAGACAGUUGGAAGGAAGCUACGAGCGAUCUGGACGGCGCGGUCUGCGACGCCUGGUUCGCGCGUCUGCAGGAGGCCUACUCGGAGGAGAAACGCACGUACCACAAUCUGGACUCGCUGCGAGAGAAGUUGAAUCACUUUUACGAAAUUAAGGACAAUCUCAAGAACCCGCAAGCCGUCCUGCUCGCCAUAUUCUUUCAAAAUUUCGAGUACGAUCCCAAGGCUUUGGACGGCGAGAACAAAAAUCUCGAUCACUUCAACGCUUUCGCCGACGAAGCCAACAUUCCACCAGAUGCUGGACGCAGGGAGGAUGCAUGCGCUCUGUUGAAAGUGGCGGCGACUCAUAGCACGGAAGCGCACAAGGUGGACGGUGCUUUCGGCAUCGACGACGCUCACUAUUUCCUGGAUCUGGACAUGGCGGUACUCGGCUCCUCCUCGGACAGUUACGCCGAGUACAGAGAGCGAAUACGCGGCGAGUACUCUUUCCUCAGCGAGCCCAUGUAUACGGCACUACGACUGAAAGUGUUGCAGAACUUCCUGCAAAUCCCGAACAUCUUCGCCACCAUGGAGUUUCGCGAGAAGCUGGAGGAGCAGGCGCGCCAGAACAUCCAAACGGAAGUGGAGCUGCUGUCUUAGAAUGCCAUCGCUUCGCAUCAAACCGAGAGUUUCGCGGAAGGCUCGCGUGAAAAUGCCGAGAAUCCGCUUGAUUCUUCGAGAACUCUCGUCGGACAGCAAACGAAGAAUUUCGACGCCUACCUCACCGUAGAGAUACACUCAUAGCCGGUUUCGCAGACCCACUGCGAAACGAAUAUUGAAUGCAAAUCCUUCGUGACUGAAAGAUAGGAUAUUAUUAUGUCUGCUGCUAUCCUGCCGCGCCGGCGGCUCGUUCUGAGCACGUUGGAGCAUUCAAUCUUUUUCUUUUUUUAUUUUUUUUCCUCUUAGUUUCUUCUUGUUUUUACAAAUGUGGGAUUUUUAUCGCACAGCUUUUUUGACCGUCAAUUAUUUAUUUCAUAAGGAAUUCAGUAAUUCAUGAAUUUUGAACGAGGAAUUUAAUUUUUGUGAAUUACUUGACAUUUAAUAGUUGUUUUCCAAUUAAUAAAUAUAUAUGAAUAGUUAUGCAAAGGUAUUUGAGCGCAGCGCGCCGUUAAAUGCGUAGGCAAGCGGAAGGGUAUUAGUGCGUGCGGCUUGGGGGGGGGAGGGAGGGUAGCGUGCGUCAUUAGUAAAAUUAGCAAGCGAAAGGGUUCGAUCACUCACGCCCGAUAUUUUUCUCGCUUACACGCCUACAAUACAAACGAUUGAUGAAAUGUCCUCUCGACUAGUGAUUAUUUUUUAAAUUAUAAUAAUUGUUCAAUCGUUGAAAUUGUCUUUCUAUUGAGAUCUCAUGUGAUGAGAAGCGGAUAGGAUAGGAUACGCGGUUCACCGCGUCCUGAGGAUUUGGUGAAUGGAAUUGACGUGUCCAUAAGUGUAAUACAAUAGUAUAUUUUAGAGAGCGUAUUUUCACCGCUGCGGAUUUUGCAAAAUAAUGAAUUCAAAAAUCGGCAGACGCGCUUCUACGCGCGCGUCUCCCGCGACAAAUUUUUUCAUCUUUUUGCGUGAAAGAUUGUCAGGGUCCUCGGAGAACUCGAGAAAGUUUAAGAGAAUUCGAAGGACUUUUGAUUGCAACGCGCUCGUAAAUACUCGGUGAUUUUGAAAACAAGCUUUUUUUCCGGCGACACAUUGUCGAGUUUUACGCAGGUUACAAUUAAAUACCGCUGCAGCGAAGUGUAUUUUAAGGCUCGUAUCAAAAUGUUAAUAAAAAGAGAAAGUUGUUAAAUAAUAAUUAAUAUAAGAUGGUACUUGGAGAGCUAAAAAAAAU